AUGCGGCCUGAUGACAUUAACCCGAGGACUGGGCUGGUGGUGGCCCUGGUCAGUGUCUUCCUGGUCUUUGGUUUCAUGUUCACCGUCUCUGGGAUGAAAGGGGAGACUCUGGGAAACAUCCCCCUCCUGGCCAUCGGGCCAGCCAUCUGCCUACCGGGCAUCGCAGCCAUUGCCCUGGCCAGGAAAACCGAGGGAUGCACCAAGUGGCCCGAGAACGAGCUGCUAUGGGUCCGCAAGCUGCCCUGCUUCCGGAAACCCAAGGACAAGGAGGUGGUGGAACUGCUGAGGACCCCUUCAGACCUUGAGUCAGGCAAGGGGAGCUCAGAUGCGCUGGCUGAGAAGGCUGGCCUCAGCGGGAAGCCUCCCCCACAGGGGCAGGGCGAAGUGCCUAUGGCCACCUCCAUCACCACCCCCACACCCAUGGAGGAAAGAGAAUGCCAGAGCUUGGUCCAGAGCGGGCAUCGGGAGGAGACGUCCAGAUACCUGGAUGGCUACUGUCCCUCGGGCAGUUCCCUCGCCUACAGUGCCUUGGAAGCCAAGUGCUCAGUCUGGGACAGAUCCGAGCACCCUGAGCCGGAGGACAGCAUCUUCUUUGUGCCCCAGGACAGUAUCAUAGUUUGCUCCUACAAGCAGAACAGCCCGUAUGACAGAUACUGUUGUUACAUCAAUCAAAGCCAAGGCAGGUGUGACCACGAGACAAUAGUCUAA